UCAUCGUUCCCCGCAUCAGCAGCACCAGUCUCCCAGAGCAGCAACAUCAGUAGAAAGAAGAAUUCAAGAGAGCAUGUACAGUUGCCACGCUAUUGCAGAAAUGCCCUGACCGGCUGCCGACGGAUUCGAACCCAGACAACGACACUUUUGAAGAUCAACGACAGCGAUAAAAUGGUUUUACACACCAUUUCUUUGUUCAAUUAUGGAAUUUACUCAGACGUAUUUAUCCGGAUAUUUCGGUCUCGACGUAUGGUUCUUUUCAUUAUAUUUUACACACUUCUCUUGGAUAAUUUCCUCCUCACAGCAUUAGUACCGAUUAUCCCAGAUUAUUUGAUAGAGAAAGACAAAGAACAGCUGAAACAAACCUUAAGAGGAUAUCAUCUAAAAGUCUUUGAUAAUCGUACAAGUUUACAAAUCGUAGUAAACCGGACUCAAUAUAUAAACUUCACUGGCAACUUUAGUAACAGUCCGGAUGUGGGUGGAAGAUUCAGUAUUGUACAAGAUAUCUUCUCCAUACCAUUAAAUAAGCUCAACGAAAAUACACGUGUCGGCUGGCUUCUCUCUUCCAAAGCGAUUGUUCAACUCAUGUUCAACUUCCUCGUAGGACCAUUUACAAACAGAUGUGGUUAUGUCAUCCCAGUAUUUGUUGGUUGUUUGAUCAUCAUGCUAUCUGCCUGUUUGUUCAUAUUUGGUGAAACCUAUAUACCAUUGUUCAUGGCGCGUUCCUUACAUGGUUUGGGAUCAGCUUGUGUGACUAUAGCGGGAAUGGGUAUGAUUGCUGAUAAAUACCCGGAGGAUAAAGAACGUAGCAAAGCUAUGGGCAUUGCAAUGGGAGGUUCGGCAACCGGUGUCCUAGCGGGCUACCCUCUUGGAGGCUGUAUGUAUAUAUAUAUCGGCAAGUUCGCGCCCUUCCUGUUGAUUGUAGUUCUGACAGCAAUUGAUUCCGUUCUGUUGGUAUUGUUCCUCCGUUCCAACACUGCUGAACAAUUAUCCGAAUCUGGUAAAAGUAUCUGGAAAUUGGUGCAAGACCCUUAUAUUCUAUUAGUCUCUGGAGCCAUAAUGCUGACAACUAUUGCGUUGUCAAGUCUUGAACCAACGGUACCAAUUUGGAUAAUGCAAACUAUGAAUGCGGAAAAGUGGCAAAUAGGCUUAGCAUUUGUACCUGAUAGUGUUGGCUAUUUAAUCGGGACCAAUGGAUUCGGUGUGAUAGCCAGAAGUCUGGGAAGGUGGAUAUGUACUCUCUGCUGUAUGUUAAUUAUUGGACUGUGCUGUUUCUUUUUGCCUUUCGCAUCAUCAAUAUCACAACUCAUAAUGCCACACUUUGGAAUCGGCCUGGGCUUAGGUAUCACUGAUGCUGCUCUCAUGCCUCUCCUGGCUCUAUUGGUGGACAGACGACAUAACGGGGUAUAUGGUGGAGUUUAUUCCAUAUCACAAAUUGCUGUUUGUUUGGCCUACGCUUUAGGUCCAUCUAUUUCCGGCCAUGUAGUGAAAUCAUAUGGAUUUGUUACGUUAUUGAGGUCAAUCGCUGUUGUCAACAUAUUGUAUGCCCCGCUUUGUUGGUUUCUCCGCGAUGUGAGCACAGGAACAGAAUCGGAAGCGAUAUUAAGUCACACUCAGAAAGGAAACAGUAAAUACACAGAUGAUGAAGAUAGCGGCAACUUCAGUUAUCAUCGAUUUGAAAACGAAUGAUAACAAGAGCACAAUAAAAAGAUGCUGAAUAAACCACUUACCUGUGCUCAGGAAUAAAAUAUGUUAAAACCAGUAUACGGUCAAAUAAAAGAUGGAAAGCAUCAGAUUAUAACCUCAACUGCA